AUGGAUCGCAGCGUAUCACGUUGUUUCAACCUUCACCUCGCUCUCUUCUUCUUCUUUCCGCCUCUCAAGCCAGCAAAGCAGAGCAAAGCAAGCAACGGCAGCAUCAUCGACCAGCAGCAAACUCGCAUCUCCAGCACUCUGCUUGACUACCGCAUCUCCAGCCCGCCAGCCUGA